CUACAACCUCCUUAUAAAGGGACUCUCUCUCACGUUGUGGCUUGGAAAUUAGAGCACAUUGCCUAAAAUUGAGGUCUCCACAUACACACUCUCACACACGCCGAGUCACCGAGAGCCGCUGCCAUGAACUGGAUGAACGUGGAGGAGAUGAUCCGCAGGGCCGAGACGCCUCUCUUCUGGGUCGGUGCGUUCACUGUGGCCUCCCUGGCGCUGUGGCUGCUCUACAGGCUCAUCUCAGGCUUUAGGAUCUGGGUCUGGGGAAAUGGGCAGCUGCUCUCUCCGAAGCUGGGCAAAUGGGCAGUUGUGACGGGAGCCACGGAUGGAAUCGGGAAAUCCUAUGCGGAGGAGCUGGCUCGUCGAGGAUUUGCAAUGAUGUUGAUCAGUCGCUCCCAGGACAAGCUGGAUGACGUUGCAAGGUCGCUUGAGGAGCAGUAUAAAGUGGAGACCAGGACUAUUGCCGUCGACUUUGGCAGGACAGACAUCUACCCAAAGAUUGAGGUGGGGCUGGCUGGUCUGGAGAUCGGUGUUCUCGUCAACAAUGUUGGUGUGUCUUAUCCCUAUCCCGAGUACUACCUCCACAUUCCUGAUCUGGACGAUUUUAUCACAAAUAUGAUCAAUGUCAACAUGACCUCAGUGUGCCAGAUGACCCGUCUUGUGCUGCCCAGAAUGGCUGAAAGAUCCAAAGGCGUUGUCCUCAACAUUUCCUCCGCUAGUGGCAUGUACCCCGUCCCUCUGCUGACAGUCUACUCUGCAACCAAGGCCUUUGUGGAUUUCUUCUCUCGUGGCCUUCAGGAGGAGUACAGGCGUCAGGGCAUCAUCAUCCAGAGCGUGCUGCCCUUCUUUGUGGCCACUAAAAUGACACGCAUCAGAAAGCCCACCCUAGACAAGCCUACCCCAGAGCGCUAUGUGGCCGCUGAGGUCACCACUGUGGGUCUGCAGAGCCAGACCAAUGGUUACUUCCCCCAUGCUGUCAUGGGUUGGGUGACCACCAAACUGGUGCCGAGCAGUAUUGUUAUUUUCCUGGGAGCCAGAAUGAACCGUCUUCAGCGUACUGGAUACCUGCACAGGAGGAAGCUGCGGGAGCAGAAGAAUGGAGCGGGUUUCAAGAGUGAAUAGGAAGACGGCUGAUGAAGAUGAGGCAGCCUCUCAACUUUGUCCUGGUGAAGUGUUUCGGGAAGGGAGAGAUUGUGUAAGUGUGCAAUUGAUCCUCCAGGGUUGCCUCAGAUUUCCCCUUUGUGCCUUCAGUAAACAUGCAUAAGAGUGCAUGUGUGACUGUAUUUAAAACUGUUGUUUGUCUGGAGAGAAAUGGAAUAAGAGGGCCAGAGGUGAAACAAUAAUAUAAUGCUGCUCUUGGCAAAGGACAUGAAUAUUUUUUUGUCACUGACACUGAUGGUGGAAAUGAUACGGCGAAAAAAGUGACCUGCUGUUGUAAGCAGUGGAAAAUGGUGGUGGGAUCUUUUUUUUAUAUAAAUAUAGAUGUGUAUAAUUAUUUAUUUUAUAUUUGUAUGGACAGAAAAGCCAAACUCAGACUUUAAACAUUAGCUUCCAACCUGGUUCUGUUUACAAAUUGAUGAAUAUAUUUAAAAAUGACAAUAUCUGCUUUCUAUCAUGCCAGUUUACUGGGAUGUCUCAGCUCACUGUGCAUUGGCUCUUUCUUUUUUCUUUUUUUUUGUUUUUCUUUUUUUUCUUUUGAUAUUGUGAGUUUACAGUCUGUUUAAAAUGACAUUUUGUGGUGGGUUGUUGUUGUACCAGUGUAUCGCUUGUUCGAAGCCAAAUUUUGUCAUUGUUUUAAAGUGCCUUUCUCCUUGCAUUAUUGCUGGAAGUGGUCAGAAUAACUGAAAGGGUACUUUGUGGUUUUACUUAUUAUGAAAAGAUCUUAUCAACUGGUGCUAUGUCCAUGUGAGCUACUCGGUUACUCUAUUUUCUGCCUCUAGUCACAAUGACAACCUGUCACUUGUUUUUCAAAUGUGUUUUGAGAAGAUUUCAUAGGAAUGGAGAAUAAUCUCAGUUGACUGUGGUGCAGAAAUCCCUCCACUUAAAGUUAAAACAUAAAUACUGGAACGUUUUACAACAUUACCUGUGGUUCCACAUUUACAAACAGACUGGUUCACAUACAACCAAAGGUUUGCUGUAAAGUGCUGAACUGCUCCUCUUUUCUCGUUAGUUACCAAAUCAGUGCCUCAUAUGAUGUAGUCUGACCUGUGCCUCAGCUAAGUGUUUUUGUGAAUGUUUUUUCCUUUCUAAAGUCUUUUAUAUGCUUGGAAAAUAAAAAUGGAAUUUCUACAUAUAAAAUGUGCCGCAGAAAUUAUCCCACUGAUGGCAACUUAUGUUUUCUACUGUUUGUUAAUAAAAGCUUUGACAAAGAG